ACAGUUAUCCAUUUUGCCCUCACCUUUCAUCAUAUAUCCAUCACACUCCCUGACAUCUUCCAUAGCUCCAUCCAAUCUUCACCGCCCCGUUUAACCAGCCGCCUUUCGGCGGGAUUCUCGUAUGCUCCAAGGUUCGAUUCCGCCGCCGAUUUUCAUCUGUUCAUCUCCUUCUUCUUUCCCCUCUCUCUCUCCUACAUAUAUAUAAGUUGCGCAUACUUGUGCUUUCACAACACCGGCAAGCUCGCAAGCAGGCGUAGGUAUCCGUAAGCCGUCGUAUACGGCGGAGCAUUUCUCUGGGGGCGAAAGCGAUGAAGCUGGAGAAUCACGAGCCGCCGGUGUGUCACGCCGGCGAAGACGAGGGCGACGAGCUCUUCGUGCCGCCGCUGAAUUUCGCGAUGGUCGAUCACGGCGUCUUCCGCUCCGGCUUCCCCGACACUGACAACUUCGAUUUCCUGCAGACCCUCGGCCUCCGUUCGAUCAUAUGUUUGUGCCCUGAGCCCUACCCUCAAGCUAAUGUUGAGUUCCUCAAUGCAAAUGGAAUCCGCCUUUUUCAGUUUGGCAUCGACGGAUCCAAGGAACCAUUUGUAAACAUCCCGGCAGACAUGAUUAGAGAAGCACUAAAAGUUGUCCUUGAUAAAAGGAACCAUCCACUGCUAAUCCAUUGCAAACGAGGAAAGCACAGGACCGGGUGCCUCGUGGGGUGCUUGAGAAAACUGCAGCGAUGGUGCCUCACUUCAAUCUUCGACGAGUACCAGAGAUUCGCUGCUGCAAAGGCUCGGGUGUCCGACUUGCGAUUCAUAGAGUCAUUUCACAUUUGCAGCUUCAGGCAGCCCCAGCCAUUGUUUCAUGCUCAGAGAGUUGAUGAAUGAAUAAGUGUGUGUGUGUGUCAGUGUGUGUACAUUUCAAGUGCCAUUCUUGCAUGUUGGAUUGUAUUAUGUAUAUAUAGUAUUUAUACAUUUUUUUCAUAA